AUGACGGCGACAGUCCCUGGUCGGUCCCGGGCCGAAAAGAGACGAGACUGUGGUUCCGAUCAGACCCUUGGGAAAGCGAGCUCGAACUCCCAGUGUCUGCUAAGGUUCGCUUGGCUGCGGCUUUCUGGAGAGUACGACGUGGUGGGGGAAGAUGAUUUAUGGUAUAAACCUGGAGAUGAAAAACUCAGUGAAGUGGACAAUGAGUACAACUUCGUACAGACACUAGGGGAAAACGGGAAGUCUGUUGAAUACACUAAACUUUUGGACAAGAGAAUGAAGGAAGCGGAAGAAAAACGCCAGGAGCAAAUUUCUAAGAUACGACGCACUUCCGCGCCGCCACUAAAAGCGACACGGGUUCGAGUCCCCGCUUCGGCAGCCGUGGCAGGCGCGGAGCCAGAGCCCGGGAAUCGCAGCGGCAGUGACUCCGCUCUUCCGGGCCAGAGCCUCAGUGCAGUGCGUGUGGCUCCGCUGGACCCCGAGCAGCUGCGGCGGGUCCUGGAGCAGGUGACUCGGGCGCAGCCACCGCCCUUCGUGCUGCAGGACGCGGCGCAACGGCUCCGUGAGGCGCCGCGGGGGUGGAGAGACUCCGAGGUGGCCGGUGCCGCGGGCGUUCAGAACCCAGGUCUUCCCCAGACCAGCUCCGUGGAAACGUCUGUCUUCUGCAUUCUUUCUGUAUUUAAGCAACUUGAAGCCAUUUGUGUCAAGGUGACAUCUGGUGACACAAAAAGUAAAGAAAGGCCAGUGUCCCCUCUGGCUACAAUCCAGCCCAAAACAAGACCAAGUCAGCCACCUGGGAGAAGCUCCAGCCUCGGGCUCUGUGUCUCCAGCCCUCAGCUGCACAGGGUGCAGGCCCUGGGGAGGACUGGGUCACAGCCGCACUUUCUCGGAGGUUCCCCUCAGCCCGAGCUUGUACAGAAGCUACUGGUACAGAAGCUAUUGCCAGACCUCCAGCCAGUCCCUUUGAGGAUAGUCAAUGCCCCUCAGGCCGCAGAUGGGCAUGGUGUCACUCUGAGCCCUCUGGCAGCCUCUGGUACUCCUGCAGUAGCGCCUGUCUCUUCCAGUCCAGCAUGUCUGUUCAUUUCCAGCCUGCAUACCGCACACACUGAGAAACUGAAGAAAUCUUUAAAGGUGAAAACAUGGUCUGGACGGAUAUCCCGGCCUCCCAAGUAUAAAGCCAGAGAUUAUAAAUUCAUCAAAACGGAGGACUUAGCAGAGGGGCACCUGUCAGACUCAGAGCUGAGCAUGGAUGAGGAGGAAGAACAGAGGCAGAAGCCAGGGCUCUUUGACACUGUGGGCUGCGCCCUGAGGCCCAAGGCCUUUAAAUGUCAGACUUGUGAGAAGUCAUACAUAGGAAGGGGGGGACUAGCGAGGCAUUUUAAACUCAAUCCAGGCCAUGGCCAGCUGAAGCCUGAGAUGCUGCUCUCCAAGAAAAUUAAGGGGAGCCUGACCCUGGGAUGCAUGGGCUCCCCAACACUGUCCACACCAGCUAAUGGUCAGCCUGAAGAAGUUGAAGAGACAAUGGUACCUGAGCCAGAAAUUAGAAGCCCCUCGGCUCUUCUGAGACCAGAAAAAUGCCUAAAACCUAGGAAUGGAAGUUGGGCAAGCCAGGCAGAGUUCGGCACAGCAGAGCAGAGCAGAGCUGUCCAGCCAAACAGUCACCCUGCUGCAUCAUCAGGACUGAGUCUCUCCAGGGGAGUGCAGCUCCGGGAGGCUCUCCAGCAGUGUGGCCGAGAGGGGCUGGUGGAGUUGGUCCUGCCCCAGCUGGCUCAGGUGGUGACCCUGUAUGAACUUCUUGCAGGGAAGGUUGAGAGACGCCCUGGAGCGAAGCCUUUCUUUCCUGCUGUGUACAAGGAGUUUGAAGAGUUACAUGACGUGAUGAAGAGAAUGUGCCAGGAUGACCUCAGCAGCUCUGACCUGUGUCCUCAGGAGCCCCUGGAGAUAAACAAUGAUGAGGUUGCUAGGUUACUAAGAAUCACAGAAUACCUGAGGAAGAAAGAUACACACCCAAGCAGUGCACCUGAGUGCUCCAGCCAAGAGAUGAAAGGACAGUUGCAGGACACCAGUGGACAGAAGAGGGGGAGGGAGCAGGCUGUGGUGGUAAGUGGUGCAGAGCUGACGUCUGCCUCAGGGGAGGGGCUGGCCACAGUGAAGAAGGCCCGAACAGCAGCUCUGCCCACAGAUGUCCCUGAGUGUCCUGCUGCCAUCAGUGGAUGUCAGCAGACGCCUGGGUCCUCACACGCUCCAGCCAGCAAGGUGACUGCUGUUUUUCCUAACUAUUCAGGUUCUGCCUCUGCAGCCACUGAGAACCCUUCUCCCUGCUCUGAGGGAAGCUGUGGGGAAAUGGUCCCUGCUAGUGAUGGAAGUGUGCCACCUGUGGGCCAGCAGCUGUCGGUGAUGACAUCUGCUAACUUGGAAGCCAGGAGUGUCUCUGCAGAUCCUGCUCUUCUGUGUCAGGAUGUCAGUAGGUCAGCUCUUUAUUCCCAGGUAGCAGAGCCUAGAGGGCUGCCCCCAGCCCAGUUGUCAAUGUUUCCUGAAGAGAAUGCUCCAGAACACACUGCAAAGCAGGAUUCUGAGGCCAUCCAAAGAAGCAACGGUGUCUGUGGUACCCCAUCAUCAGGUGAAGGAGCGGAGUCUCUGCUUCUUGAAGAAUCAGGAAACGCAGAGGCAGGAGACCUCAGAGAAAUGAGCCAACCCCACCUCAGUAGGCAGCAGGGCAGCCCCAGCCAUGCCCUGCCUACAAAGGAUGCAGCCUUCUGACUCCAGAAAACCUUGCCUAUGAAUGUCCUGUCAGCUGCUCGUGUUUCUAAGACUAUGCCCGUGCCAGGGCCUCAACCUGGACCAGAUGGAUCACUGCCCACUAAUGGGGGUCCCAGUGUUGGAAGCGAAGCUGGGAAUGUAAGCUGGUUCCUCUCUAGGAUGGAGGCAGAUGGCCGGAGAGAGCUGGAGACUGUGGCUGCUGUGGGGGAAGCCCUGGCUUUUGAGAUUUCCGAUCUAUGCCAGGAAGUAGUGUCUCAGGGACAGGAGCAGGUUUCUACUUGGACUUCCAAUGGGCUUACUUUGUCCCGUCCAAGUACUUCAGUGUCUCAGAAGAGAAUGCUGUCAUAGUGACUAACACAAGGGGUUCUAUCUUGAGGUUUGACCCGCCGGAAGGGGUUGCUUUGGAAGCCAUAGAGGCCUUCCACACUGUGGAGGCAGAGCCCUCUCAGUGACCAAGAGUCAGGUGUGUGUGUGUAGGCACUCUUAGGAGAGACCAGGAACACUUGAGAUAAUGCUGCAGGGCAGAGCUGGGGAUCAUGGCUGUACCUCGUGCAGGUCCUUGCGUAAACAUGACUGCUAUUCCCACAGCCCUUGCAACAUCCCAGGCACUUCCUGUUUUCUCAACAGAUCUCAGGGCAUAUCGUAGGGAUAAACAGGCAGGUUUCCUAGUAGGAACUGGGGGCAUCCAAGUGGCUUAGGCAGAGCUGUGUCCUGUGGACUGGGCCACUUCUCAAAAGCCCAGAGCUUCUCCACUAUCUAAAUUAUUAAUCUGCAUUUGGAGUAUGUGGACAUUUAUUAUAGUAUCUUCAAUACUUUCUGAUUUGCCUGGAAAUGCUUUAUAAAAACAAAUUUAAAAAGACAGCACCAACCCCUUUUUCUCAAGGUAUUCACCAUGAAUUCAUCUUCAAACCCUCUCAACCCAGUUCGGGUAAAUUCCAAGCUUUUUAUUUCCUCUCUGUUAAUUGGGCAGGAUUUGGGAUUGUAGAAGACAUAUUUGCGUGACUCACUACUGUGUUCACCUUGAUGUGCUAUAUUGACCUCUGAUGACAUCCUUGUUCUGUUCCGAUACAGUACUCUGCAGAAUCAAUAUUGUGUUUAUCUUUAGUUCCUUUAUUUCUGCCUGGCCUUGGCAGUAUUGAUCUUUCCAUUAGCUCUUUUGAACAACUUGCUAAUGGGUGUCUGGGGAACAAACUACCAAGAAUACACAAGAGCUGGGCAUGGUGUGUCCGUAAUCCCAGCAUUUGGGGAGUUGAGGUAGGAGUAUAGUGAUUCUGAAGUCAUUAUGAGUUCUCUAUCCCAGGAUACCUUAAAAAAAUGUCUAAGAGUACAUACUACUCUUGGAAAGGACUUUGAUUCCCAACAUUCGUUCAAGCUGGACAGCUCACAACUGCUUAAAGGAUCCAGCUUCAAAGGCUCCAACACCCUCCUCUGGCUUGUGUGGAUACCUCAAGCUAAACAGAUACAGAGUACCCAGGGCCCAGAUGUAAACAGUCAUGAUCACUGGACUUUUUAUUGGCUUGGCCCAUCAUUUCAUGCAAACAGCAGCAAUUUUUGGUGCUUUUCAUUUCUAUUACACUAAACUCAGUGAACUCUACAGGAUUAAAAAAAAUAUAUUUAUAUAUUUAAAAAUCUAUUUAUUAAUAUAUAUUAUAGGAUAUAAUAUAUAGUAUAGUUCACGCCAGCCAUAGGUGGGCGUGAACUGGUCUCCCAGAGGACUUGAAUUUGGUUCCUAACAACAAGGUCAAGUGUGUGGCAACCACCUGCAAACUCUAGCUCCAAGGAUACCUGUUUGUGGCUGCCCUGGUCAUCUGUACAUGUAGCACAGACACAGUAAAAAUAAAAUCUUAAAAAAUGACAAGAUUUUUAAACCUUAAAUAUUUAUGGGAUUUUACUUAUAAUUAUAGAACUAAAACAUUCUCUUCAAAUUUUAAGUCCAGGGUUGGAGAUAUGGCCCAAUGGUUAAACAAUUCAGCUUGUGUGAAGCCUGGGUUUGGUAUCCAGUACCACAAAAACAAAACAAACAAAAAAGGUGGAAUAGGCACAAAGUAAAAAUAGGAAACUCGGGUUUUCUAUAGAGGUGUAAUAUGUAAAGUAUACUUGUUGGAGCCUGAUAGGGGAGUUCAGCCAAUCACUUUCUGUUUGUGGGGUGUGUUGCCUUAGGCUAAAGCUUGCCUAUAAACCUAGCAAGUGCGCUCCCGCUAGCUCUCUCUUGCCUGGCUCUUGCGUCCGGAGGGAUCGU